AUGAACUUUGAUCGCGUCUAUGCCGAUGAAUAUGGUGGCUAUGGAACUGGAAGUGGCAGCACUCGUCCCAGUCAGCGCGGCAAUAACCGCAAUGGAGGCGGCGGCGGCGGAUCUGGCAACGGGGGAGCCGGCUUUGGCAACAAUGGCGGAGGAGGCUCCAUAAAGAACGUCACCUUGAAUGCACCUGGUGGCCAGGGCCAAAGCCGGCGCGGUGUCGCCAAGGGCCAAGGGAAGCCGAAGGCCUGGAAGCCGAAGGCCUGGAAGCCGAGGGCCUUUAAGCCGAACGCGAAGCGCGUCCCUGUGACCAAGGAGGCCGCCCUGGCUGAGGCAGCACCACCACCCUCAUCACCAUCCCCAAAAUCUCCAAUGGAGGAGGCCAAAAAACCGGUGAAAUUCCCCUGGCGCGGUGUCGCCAAGGGCCAAGGGAAGCCGAAGGCCUGGAAGCCGAAGGCCUGGAAGCCGAGGGCCUUUAAGCCGAACGCGAAGCGCGUCCCUGUGACCAAGGAGGCCGCCCUGGCUGAGGCAGCACCACCACCACCGCCACCACUGCCACCAACACCACCACCCUCAUCACCAUCCCCAAAAUCUCCAAUGGAGGACAACAAAGUAAUGCAGAUGUCCGUGUAA